UAAGAAUGGAGCCUAAUAGUUUUAAUGGUAUUCGGCCACUCGGUAUAGAAGUUGAAAACAAACUUGAAGUCAGUUUGGAGCAAGCUAGGUUAGACAUGGAAACUUUUGAAACAGAAUGUACAGCCCUUAGCCCUGUACACAGAUUAUCUGUACACGAUCAUGUGCAGUGUACAGCAGAAGAGCUUCCAACUUAUGAAAUACUAGGAAUUGAUCCUACAAAGGGAAUAAUUGAUCCAAAUGAUCCCAUCAAUGUCGAAUCUAAUCCCUUGCUUGAUCCUGAUCCGUUUCUUGAUCCUGAUCCUGAUAUUAAUCCUAAUCUCGAAUCUAAACAAGAAUUCAGUUCCCAAAGUGAUAAUACUAGUGCCAGUGAAUGCAAAAUAAAUAGUUAUGAACAUUAUGAGAUUUUAGCUGAUCUCGGAAAGAUGAUAGAUUCUGAACCUGAAAUUACCAGUGAUAUUUAUGAUAAUACUGAAUUUGAAAUUAAACCUAACUCAAUGCAUGAUAAUUUGAAAACUAAUCAAAGUGAUGAAUCUAAACCUACUAAGGGAGAUCCCACCAUCGAAAUUAAACCUAAUCCAAGGGAUGAUAUAUCUAAACCUAAUCCAAGGGAUGAUAUACCUAAACCUAAUCCAAGGGAUGAUAUAUCUAAACCUGAUUCAAGGGAUGAUAUAUCUAAACCUGAUCCAAGGGAUGAUAUACCUAAACCUGAUCCAAGGGUUGAUUUUAUAUCUAAACCUGAUCCAAGGAAUGAUAUAUCUAAACCUGAUCCAAGGGAUGAUAUAUCUAAACCUGAUCCAAGUGAGAUAAAAUCUGAACCUGCUCCGAGUUCAAGGUUACAGUUUACUCCGAUAGAUGGAGGAGCUGGAGGACCUGGUCUAGUAUCCGUCCCUGAACACGCUCUCCUCACUCGGAUGGAUCCUCUGAAUCAAAGUACCCCGCCUGCAACGGAAAUGAGGGAAAGUGAUGAUACAAGUGAAACCUAUACUGAGAGUACAACAAAUACUGCAGUUAGUAGUAAACCUGGAGGAUAUCAAACCCAGUUUACGAAAACAGAACCCCUAACAGCCAGACAACAGGUGGCGCUGUGGUUGACCCGAACCUCUACCCAGGACGUAAACCAGGAGUUUACCAGCCUCCGAAGCCUUGUUCUACCUUCUGUACAGAAAAAGACGAAAAUGUCGCAUGCCAAAAAUACCGAGAUUAGAAGAAACUUCAGCACUCGCAGCCUUAUGGACAGAUUAACUACUUCCAAGGAUCCUAAUUACACCUACAGUCCGAUUCGUAAGUGCGAGACUGUUCUGGCACUCAGUGAAGGAAGAGAUCCGCAUUAUACAACAGGAUUCGAAAUGUACGGUCCAGCAGAUUUAGCCGGUCAUCUUAAUCAAGCUCAUCAUAAGAAGCAGUCCUCUAACGGGUCGUUAUUUAAACGGUUCUCUAAGACCGGAAGUGAUAUAUUUGGUAAAACUAUUCUGCAGAGCAGACAGGGAGAUUCAAACGGUAUGGAGACAUCAGGAAUAGUGGCUGUCAGGCCGGUUAACCGGUUACGGUCCACGACUUCUCUGCUCCAGUGCUCCAGGUGUACAUCUGUACUAAGUGUUAAUUCUCGCGCCACUUCACAGAUGUCUCUGCUCUCAGAUAGAAAAACUUUCAAAAAUCCAGCAGCGGUAAGUUUUAUCAAACUUAAUUGCAGUUUCAGUUUAGAAGGUCUGUAUGACCUAGUGUGUAUGAACCAGUUUAUAACAUUUGAAGUGAUGGAAGGAGCUUAUGAUAUUUCUUGUCCAGACCAGGAGUGCCCAACUCAGGGAAUAUUAAAUCAACAUCAAAUGGAACGUUUGACGUCUCGAGAACUGAUGGAUAAGCACAGAAACUUCAGAUUAAACACAGAAGUGUCAAUGGACUCUGAAAGAACGUUCUGUCCGUCUGCAGGCUGUGAAACCAUCUGUCAUAUUUGUGUUGGACCUAAAACUCAGUGUGUAGCGGUGAACUGUCCUACCUGUUCUAAGGAAUUUUGUUCCCUAUGCUCCUCGACGUGGCAUCCUGGUCUUUCCUGCGCGGAGAACGGCGCGCUUCUUGUAGCACGUGGUAACCCUGGCUACGAAGAAGCACUGGGCUGGAAUGAUACGAUCAAGAAGUGCCCUAUGUGCCAUGUUCCGAUAGAACGGGACGCGGGAUGUGCGCAAAUGAUGUGUAAGCGAUGCAAGCACGUGUUCUGUUGGUACUGUCUCAGCUCAUUGGAUGAUGAUUUUUUGCUUCGUCAUUAUGAUUCUGGUAACUGUCGCGGUAAACUGGGACACUCUAGAGCAUCUGUUCUGUGGCAUAGAGCACAGGUGAUUGGAAUAUUUGCUGGAUUUGGAAUUCUACUAUUAGUUGCAUCUCCCCUCCUCCUCGCCUUUGCACCAUGUCUCCUCUGCUGCAAGUGCAGGAGCUGUACUAAAGCAGGAUCCGGAGUAGAGAACGCACAGUCCAGCUUUGUUUCCACGUCAUGAUGGAGACAACAGAUUUGCCAGGUUCUCCGUCAUGAUGGAGACAACAGAUUUGCCAGGUUCUCCGUCAUGAUGGAGACAACAGAUUUGCCAGGUUCUCCGCACAGUCCAGCUUUGUUUCCACGUCAUGAUGGAGACAACAGAUUUGCCAGGUUCUCCGCAACUCUCCAUUUUCAAACUUCCUAAAGAUCAUGGUUUCACCAGUAACAUUUUUUAAAAGAAAUUUAAUUAAUCAUCUUUAAUUUUAAUGCCAUUGAAAUUGAAUUUUUCUUAAUGAAAGCCGCUGGGUCCCAAUAUAUUUUUAUAAGGCCGGUUUCUAUUGUAGGAUUUGGGGGCAAAAAGUAUUAAAAAGCGAUAAAAAGCGAUAGAAAGCGAUAAAAGCAUCCAAGUUUUUUUUUAUUUCAAUCUGAAGUAUUUUAUAAACAUUUCCACCUGCAUAAUAAGUAAAGGAAGAACCAAUGCAACAUAUUCUGAAACCUUUGAAUUGUACACAUGUUUGUCAACAAUGAAUGUACUGCAACUAGAUUUCAUUAAUGAGCAUCGUUUUUUAUGAUUAAGUAUA